ACUGUGAAAUCUGCAGCACCUGUAACAGAGGAGGACUCUUUGGGAAAGAGUUGUCCAAGGAAAAGCAGCAGUUUCAACUUGUGUCCCAUUGGAGACAAGUGAAUCUGGAGUUAUAUAUUAUAUACGACGUAGGUGAUGACAGCAGUUUAUCAUUAACCUGAACUCUGCAAGAAGCACAUAAGGAGAGAAAGAAGAAGAAAGCCAGAGAAGCAGCCAGGAUGGAACCCAUCAUAAGGAUCAACAAUGCUGCAGACAUCUCUGUUAUUGUUGUCUACUUUUUGAUAGUUCUGGCAGUGGGACUAUGGGCUAUGUACUCCACCAACCGAGGCACAGUGGGUGGGUUUUUCCUGGCUGGACGGAGCAUGGUUUGGUGGCCGAUUGGUGCUUCUCUAUUUGCCAGCAACAUUGGCAGUGGGCACUUUGUGGGAAUAGCAGGAACAGCAGCAGCUGGAGGAAUUGCCAUUGGAGGAUAUGAGUGGAAUGCUCUGAUAUUUGUGGUGGUUCUAGGAUGGAUCUUUGUACCCAUCUACAUCAAAGCUGGGGUGGUGACAAUGCCAGAGUAUCUGAGGAAGCGUUUCGGUGGGAAACGGAUCCAGGUCUACCUGUCAGUCCUUUCCCUGAUCAUAUAUGUUUUCACAAAGAUCUCAGCUGACAUCUUCUCUGGAGCUGUAUUUAUCCAGCUGGCCAUAGGGCUGAAUCUUUAUUUGGCCAUAAUUAUCCUGCUUUCUAUUACUGCUCUUUACACCAUCACAGGUGGCCUUGCAGCUGUGAUUUACACGGACACCUUACAAACGUUCAUCAUGGUACUGGGAUCCUUUAUUCUCAUGGGAUUUGCAUUUGCUGAAGUAGGAGGGUAUGAGGCUUUCAUGCAGAAGUACAUGGAGGCGAUUCCAUCCAACGUCUCCUAUGGGAACACGGCGGUGGAUCCCGCGUGCUACACUCCCCGCAGGGACGCCUUCCACAUCUUCCGAGACGCCACCAGCGGGGACCUGCCGUGGCCAGGGCUCGUCUUUGGCCUCAGCAUCCUUGCCAUGUGGUACUGGUGCACAGAUCAGGUUAUUGUCCAAAGAUGUCUCUCUGGCAAGAACAUGUCCCAUGUGAAGGCUGGCUGUAUCAUGUGUGGCUACCUCAAACUCUUGCCCAUGUUUAUCAUAGUGAUGCCUGGAAUGAUCAGCCGCAUUUUGUACACAGAUGUGGUGGCUUGUGUUGUGCCUGAAGUCUGUCAGCGCUACUGUGGCACCGCAGUGGGCUGUACAAACAUUGCUUACCCAAAAAUGGUAGUGGAGCUUAUGCCAAAUGGUCUGCGGGGUCUGAUGCUGUCAGUCAUGCUGGCCUCCCUUAUGAGCUCCCUGACAUCCAUUUUCAACAGUGCCAGCACUUUGUUCACGAUGGACAUUUACACCAAAAUUCGGACACGGCCAUCUGAGAAGGAGCUGAUGCUGGCUGGCAGGGCAUUUAUGUUACUCUUAAUUGGCAUCAGCAUUGCCUGGGUUCCUGUGGUGCAGUCAGCUCAGAGUGGGCAGCUCUUUGAUUACAUUCAGUCUGUUACCAGCUACCUGGGACCUCCCAUUGCUGCUGUUUUCCUGCUUGGUAUCUUCUGCAAGCGUGUCAAUGAGCAGGGUGCCUUCUGGGGCCUGAUCAUUGGGCUGCUGGCUGGACUCAGCAGGAUGAUUGCAGAGUUUGCCUACGGAACUGGCAGCUGUGUGGCCCCUUCCAACUGCCCCUUCAUCAUCUGUGGCAUUCACUACCUUUACUUUGCACUGAUCCUCUUCGGGGUUUCUGCCAUCGUCAUCCUGGCAGUCUCCUUCAUGACCAAGCCCAUUCCUGAUGUACAUCUUUACCGCUUGUGCUGGUCCUUGCGGCACAGCAAAGAAGAACGGAUUGAUCUCGAUGCAGAUGAGGAGCAGGACAGAGCUGAUGAAAAAGAUAAUGAAUCAGUUAAUGAGGAAAACCAGGAGGACCCGGGAUGCUGUAGGAAAGCUUACAACUGGUUCUGUGGCUUGGACCAACAGAAAGGUCCCAAACUGAGCAAGGAGGAAGAAGAGGCACUGAAGAAGAAACUGACAGACACCAGUGAAGUGCCACUGUGGAGAAACAUUGUGAAUAUCAAUGGCAUCAUCCUCUUGACUGUGGCUGUGUUUUGCCAUGCCUACUUUGCAUAACCCCCUGAUCACAGUCCUGAAAUUGUACUGCAUUGUUCAAGCAAAAAUGAUGGUUUGUAGAUUUACACAAUUAGAUACACACUGUAUUUUCAUCAUCUACAUUUGUAAAACAUCAGAGUGAUUUACUCACUGAUUUUGUGAUCAUAAUUUCAACAAUUCAAAGAUGAAGGCCACUGGGAUCUCAAGAGAAUUUCUAUUUAGACAUUGAACCAAUCCAGGGCUAACUGAGGUUCAGAAUUUCCAUCCAAUAUUCUCUCUGCUCAUGAUACAUUUCAUAUUUUAGGUUCAGAACAAGGCUGCGUGAGCCAUAUUUCAUAACAGGUUUUGUGAACUGUCUUUUAGGGUUCACGAUACUAUUUUGAUUUUCAACCUUUCCUCUGAUAAUUCAAUUUUCCUUUUCCUUUGGCUGUGAUAAUUUGAUUGCAACAAACUCACAACCACUGAGGGACUGUAUUACAAACUUGAAUUAAAACAUUGCUUUUGUCCCUCCAAACAUGGGAUAUCUUAAGUAAAGGAUUUUUGCAUAUAUCAAUGUAUUUGAUAUGAUAUAUAAUUUUCCAUUAUCAUUUUCCCCCCUUUUUCUCACUUUCCGCUGGGUUGUGUUUCUCAGUUGUCAGUGGAACACUAACCUCUGAAUUGAUCACAUUUUGAAACUGGGGAACACCUGUCUUGAUGAUCCUAAAAAGAAUUUUGCUUACAGUAGAUUAUCUGUUUAAGGUUAACAUCCAAAGGUCCUCCUCUCUUGAUAUUUUAAUAUAUACCUUUACUUGAAUGUGAAGCUUUUUAUACAGAAUACAUGUAUUAUAUAUACACAAGCAAUACAUUAUGUAUAUGCACUAUAUAUAUUAUAUAUAUUUAAAAUA